UAAUAAGACGCUUGAAAAAAAUACGCUUGUUCACCGGUUUUCUUGGUCCUUUUCUUUUAAGAAUAUUAAUCGCCUUUUGCAAGUUCUGAAUCAUGCCAGACCAUUUAGGUUCUGAUCAAAGAAAAGUUAAAGAAGAAAAUAAAGAAGAUAAACCGAUACAAGCUCUUGAUGAGGGAGAUAUUGCUUUACUGAAAACUUAUGGUGUAGGACAGUACAGUAAAUCCAUCAAACAGGUGGAGGAGGACAUUCAAAACUGUCUCAAGAAAGUCAAUGAACUUGCAGGUAUCAAAGAGUCAGACACAGGUUUGGGACCACCUGCAUUAUGGGAUUUAGCUGCCGACAAGCAGACCUUACAGAGUGAGCAACCACUACAGGUAGCAAGAUGUACAAAAAUCAUAAAUGCCGAUUCUGAUGACCCAAAAUACAUUAUCAAUGUGAAACAGUUUGCUAAAUUUGUUGUGGACUUGGGGGAUCAAGUGGCUCCAACUGACAUAGAAGAAGGAAUGAGAGUGGGAGUUGACAGAAACAAGUAUCAGAUUCACAUUCCGUUGCCACCAAAGAUUGAUCCAUCAGUAACAAUGAUGCAGGUAGAGGAGAAACCAGAUGUAACUUACAGUGAUGUUGGUGGGUGUAAGGAACAGAUUGAAAAAUUAAGAGAAGUUGUAGAAACACCAUUGCUUCAUCCUGAAAAAUUUGUGAAUCUUGGUAUUGAGCCUCCUAAAGGGGUUUUAUUAUUUGGACCACCGGGUACUGGCAAGACGUUGUGUGGAGCAAGAAUGGUGCGUGAACUGUUUGAGAUGGCUAGGAACAAGAAAGCUUGUAUUAUUUUCUUUGAUGAAAUUGAUGCUGUUGGAGGUGCUCGGUUUGAUGACGGUGCUGGUGGUGAUAAUGAGGUACAGAGGACCAUGUUAGAACUUAUCAACCAGCUAGAUGGGUUUGAUCCUCGUGGUAACAUCAAGGUUCUCAUGGCAACAAACAGACCAGAUACUCUUGAUCCCGCCCUCAUGAGACCUGGUCGUCUAGAUAGAAAGAUUGAGUUUGGUCUGCCUGAUCUAGAAGGUAGAGCACAUAUAUUCAAGAUCCAUGCACGCUCUAUGAGUGUUGAAAAAGACAUCAGAUACGAGCUUCUUGCUAGAUUGUGUCCUAACAGUACAGGUGCUGAGAUUCGUAGUGUGUGUACUGAAGCUGGAAUGUUUGCUAUCAGGGCUCGUAGGAAAAUGGCGACAGAAAAAGACUUUUUAGAAGCAGUUAACAAAGUUAUCAAGGCUUAUGCUAAAUUUAGUUCAACACCUAGAUACAUGACCUACAACUGAGAGGAUUCGGGAAACAUUCUAUAUAAUAUGCUGCAUCAAAGCGAGUUCUCAUUCUGAACUUUAUAAUACAAUUUAUAUUUAUCUCUUUUUAAAAGCUAAUACAAAUGUCAAAAGAAACAGUAGUGUACAAGAUUUUGGAGUUAGACAUAAUUUAGAAGUUAACUAAAAAGAAAACAUAUAAUGCAGUAUACAUUGAAAUGAUAAAAAGGUUUAUUUCAUCGCCAGUUUAUAUUUCAUUCAUCAUCAUCAUGUUCUGACUCAUAUUGGCUUCAGUUACAUGAGCCAGAAAAUAUACUUUCAUACAAAAUUACAUUUAAAAUAACUUCAGUGAUGAAUAGAAUCUCUGGUAAAGUAACAAAAAAGAUGGAUAUCACAAAUCUUAUUUGAGAGUGUUAUUGGAUUGAAAUUAACAUAGUGCUUCUUCUUUAAUUGAUUGAAAAGUUAUCAUUGUUCAUUUAAUAAAAUGAAAUAAAAGCUUAUUUAAACUCAA